CGACCAGACAGUCGUAAGAUAAUACUUUCAAAAUUUAAAAAGAGUAAACAUAAAAAUUCUUAAAAAAUAUUAAAAUGAACAGUGAAGCUUUUGGAACCCACUUGGGCAAAAUAAAGACUUCUGAGCCAUCGAUAGCCCCCAUAAACUCCUAUCAUGAAUUUGUUGAGCAGGAAACAUUGUUCGUAAAACCCAAGGUGCAAGGGCCGCCGCCCUCUUGGGCGGCAUGGUGCGAACGAAACUCAAAGCCCGUGAAACGUGUACGGCCUCGUGAGUGCCGAAAGUUGACCCCGUGGCAGAAAAAUGGUCCGAUGACCAUUAGGGAUUGGAAGCACUUCCUUGCCUGGGCUGCUUUCCGGGCAGGGCCUAAAAAUCCACAGCUCCAGAGACCUGCAAAACCUUUCUGUGCGGCCAAAUACUUGCCAUGUGCCCUGCAAAAGCGCCAGCUGGACGAGGAUGAGUUGCGGGAAAGAAUGUUGAUGUUGGCAAAGCCCCGAAAGAUCACCGAGAAGUAUAACACGCCUGACCUACCGCCAGCGUACUCCCCGGCGAUCUCUUGGGGCAAGCCACCGCAUCGCGAUCCCGGUCGACCCUUCAAACCUCCUUACGUUCCCGCCUGUUUUCCAACCGACGAACUGAAGGCGGAUUUCUGGGCCCAGCUCAGAUUUCCUGUCCGGCAGGCAGCCCUCUUGGGAAAGAUCACUCCCCGCAUCCAGUCUCUGGCCAAACCACGGGUAUAUCCACCUACUCCGCACUGCCUCAUUAAUAGAAAUGUGUUGCAUCCGCUGGAUGUUCAGCCGCCACCACGAAAGAAGUUCACCCACCGAGGCUGGCGGUUGCACCAGAUCCGACUGUUGUACCUGUCCAAGCCGGUUUCUAGAAAUGAAACGAUAUUCUUCUAAUGUAACAUCUAACAAUCCUGGGUGCUUCCAAGCUGCUCUUUAUAUUUGUCCAACGCGAAAUAAAUUUAUUAAAGUAUU